AUGGCAAUGACACUGGCACCAGCACCUCGCGGCGCAGCCAAGAUCAGAGGCGAGCGCAAUCCCUUUGCAAACUCAGAUGACAAUGCAAUGAUGAAGCAAAUUCUGGCAACUCAUGCUCCUGAUGGUCGCCAAAUGCCUGUCGGAUCUCUCCUUCAUGUUGUUGAGGACAUCUUUCAACGCGCCCACUUUGGCCUUGGUACCAUUGCUCAUCAGGGAACACAUGCACAACAAAUGGAUGCUUUGGAAGAUAAGGCUGUUGAAACUGGCUUGGAUGAAAUGCUUGAAGUACUUUCACAUACAAUCAGCAAAAUUUCCUGCGAGAUAUCCUGCAAGUGCUCUGGUGGUGGAGAUGCACAUGCAACAACUGUGACAAUAUUCAACUCUGUGACCAGCUACAACUGGGAUGUGAAGGUGGUGCUAGCUUUAGCAGCAUUUGCAGUGAACUAUGGCGAGUUCUGGCUCGUCGCCCAGCUGUACUUGACCAACCCACUGGCAAAAGCAGUUGCAUUUCUCAAACAGUUGCCUGAGAUACUUGAGCGCGCGGAUGCACUGAAACCAAAAUUUGAUGCACUCAACAACCUCAUCAAGGCCAUGCUCGAUGUGGCCACGUGCAUUGUUGAGUUCAAUGAGCUUCCCCCUCAGUACAUAACAGCUGAUACUCCAGAAAUGGUAGCUGCCACUGCUCACAUUCCCACAGCUGCUUACUGGACAAUCCGGAGUAUUGUGGCUUGUGAAUCACAGAUUAGGGGACUUCUAGGCAUGGGCCAUGAGUACAUAGCAUCCACAACAGAGGCUUGGGAGCUGUCCAGCUUGGCGCACAAAGUCAGCAAUAUUCACAAACAUCUCAUGGAGAAGCUCGCUGAAUGUUAUCGACACAUAGAUGAGAAAAGACACACUGAAGCAUAUCAAUUGCUGGUACGCCUCAUGGAGACGCCACAUAUCGACAAUAUUAAGAUUCUGAAAGCCUUGAUAUAUGCCAAGGACGACCAGCUGCCCCUGUUUGAUGGUUCAACCAAGAGAAGGGCAAGCAUUGAUGUGCUGAGGAGGAAGAACGUAUUGCUAUUCAUUUCAGACCUGGACCUUUCUCAUGACGAGCUUUUCAUCCUUGAACAAAUGUACCAGGAAGCAAGGCAGAACCCAUCAAGGGCCGAGAGUAUGUACGAUGUAGUAUGGCUACCUGUAGUAGAACGCUCAGUGGCAUGGGAUGAAACAAAGCAAAAGCAAUUUGAAACGCUUCAGCAAAUGAUGCCAUGGUUCUCAGUGUACCACCCCUCAUUGCUGGAUCCUGCAGUCAUCAGAUACAUCAAGGAGCACUGGCACUUCAUCAAGAAACCAUUGCUUGUUGUUAUUGACUCGCAAGGAAAGGUAGUCAACCAGAACGCAAUUCACAUGAUCUGGAUUUGGGGAAGCCAGGCUUUUCCUUUCACCAGGCAGAGAGAGGAAACACUCUGGAAAGAAGAGACCUGGAGAAUCGAUUUACUUGCCGAUACCAUUGAUCCAGCCAUCUUCAACUGGAUUGCAGAAAACAAAUACAUAUGCUUGUACGGAGGGGAAGACAUAGAAUGGAUUCGCAAAUUCACAAGAAACGCACAAGCUGUGGCUCGUGAAGCCCAAAUCUCACUGGAGAUGUUGUACGUGGGGAAGAGCAACCCGAGAGAGAAAGUCCGAAAAAACAACGCCAUCAUUCAAGCAGAGAAGCUUAGCCACGUAUUGCAAGACAUAACACUGGUUUGGUUCUUCUGGGUCAGGAUUGAGAGCAUGUGGCACUCAAAGGUUCAACACGGAAAGAGUGUAGAGAACGAUCAGAUAAUGCAGGAGAUCAUGACGAUGCUUAGCUUCGAUGGAAGCGAACAAGGAUGGGCGGUGAUUAGCAGGGGAUCUGCAGAGAUGGCCAGAGCCAAAGGGGAGACCAUCUCCGAGGCCCUCGUUGAUUAUGAGAAAUGGAAAAACCCGGAGAAAGGGUUUGUGAAUGCACUGAACGACCAUCUCCAUGAUGUCCACACCGAUCAUCACUGCAACCGUUUGAUCUUGCCAGGGGUCACAGGAGGCAUUCCGGAGAGGGUUGUCUGCGCUGAAUGUGGCCGUCCCAUGGAGAAAUUCAUCAUGUAUCGCUGCUGCACCGACUGAGCACACAACAGGUUCCGUCGUUUCGCAUUAAAACGCUGUCGUACUGUCUCUGCUUUCCAGUUUAUUAUCCGAGUCGUUUGUUUCACGUUUGGCUUUUUCAGCUAGGUCUUGUUGUUUCGUUUGUGAAUUUACUCGUUUUAUGUUGUCAUAUGUUUAUUAUUAUGCAAAAUAUUGUACGUUGUUACUUUGUAUGUGUGUGGUCAACUUAUGACUAUAAACUAUAAAGUUUAUCA